AUAAUUUGUGUCUUUGAAGGUCACUCCAGUGUGAACUACCAGCCCCAGGAGACGCGCUCUCGUCUGUCAAAGACCGUGGACCAGGUUCUUCGGGACAAUGUGGCGAUGCCGCACUACACGCGCUUCAUGGAGCUCAGAGGAGCAGAUCACCUGGUCCGCUUCUGGCAGGAGGCGGAGAGUUUCCGCUCCACCAGCUGGUCGUGUGUCCGCGCUCACAGUCUAAACUCUGUCAAACACAGCUCUUUGGCUGAGCCUGUCCCCACCUCCCCAGACUCCUCUGACCCCUUUGAGCUAGCACACGCUAACACGCUAACACAUCAGAACAGCAGCGACAGCCUCACAGAGCAGUGGGAGCGAAGAGGUUCCUCCAGCUCUGAGACAGGACUGAGACCAGGCACUCCUCGAGCUCAAACUCCCAGCAAGAACAUCUCCUCCAAAACAGGCACUCCCUUUAAGGGUCAGACCUCCAGCACGCUACGGGACCUUUCCGACAAACUCAUGAAAAGUAUAGAAAAGGAUGCUGUUACAAUCUUUACUAAGUACGUCUCCCCUGAUGCUGCACGACCCAUCCCCAUCACUGAACAAGUUAGGAAUGACAUUGUUGCUAAGAUAUGUGGUGAAGAUGGGCUGGUGGAUCCCAACAGCUUUGUUAUUGCACAGUCUGUCGUAUUCAACAUUAUGGAGCAACAGCACUUUAGUGAGUUCCUGCGGAGCCACCAUUUCUGUAAAUACCAGAUUGAAGUGUUGACGAGUGGCUCUGUGUUUCUGGCUGACAUCUUAUUCUGUGAGUCAGCGCUCUUCUACUUCUCAGAGUAUAUGGAAAAGGAGGAGGCCAUGAAUGUGCUGCAGUUCUGGUUGGCUGCAGACAACUUUCAAAACCAACUGGCUGCAAAGAAGGGCCAGUACGAUGGUCAGGAAGCUCAGAAUGACGCCAUGAUACUCUAUGACAAGUAUUUCUCACUCCAAGCCACAAACCCACUCGGCUUUGAUGACUCUGUGCGGAUGGAGAUUGAGUCUAACAUAUGCAGAGAGGGAGGGCCACUACCUGAAUGCUUCACCACUCCACUCAGACAAGCCUGGACUACCAUGGAGAAGGUCUACAUGCCAGGCUUCCUCUCAAGUAACCUUUACUACAAAUACCUGAGCGACCUCAUCAACUCUGUGCGGGCAGAUGAGUUUGUGAAUAUGGGCUCUUCGGGUCAAAGUGGAGCGGCCGACAGUGAACGCUCCAAUUCAAAUGCCAAUGACAGCUCCCAGACUCAGCAAGGUGCUAAGAAGGCGGCAAUAAAGAUCUUGAAAAAUUUUGACGAGGCUAUAACAGUGGAUGCUGCCAGUCUGGACCCUGAGACACUGUAUCAGAGGCCAUAUGCUGGAAAGAUGACGUUUGGGAAGGUGAACGAGCUGGGUCAGUUCAUCAGAGAGGCCGAACCUGAACCAGAUGUGAAGAAAUCUAAAGGGUCAAUGUUUUCUCAAGCCAUGAAGAAGUGGGUUCAAGGCAACUCUGAUGAGGCCCAGGAGGAGAUGGCUUGGAAAAUUGCCAAGAUGAUUGUCAACGAUGUUGUCCAUCAGAGUAACCAUGAUAGCCCUGUCAAGUCCACAAAGCUAUGACCUCCAUCUAAGAGCCAAAGUCACUCCAAAAACCAGAGAGAAACUCCACAUCUGUUCACAGCUGCAUCACUCCCAAAUCAAAAAGGCAUUUUAUCUGUUUAACCUCCCUCAAUCUCUGAUAGUACCGUGUGCAGCUUUGAGUCAUGAGCAAACUCCUGAAUGCGAUAAAGGUACAUGUGAACGUGAUUACAGAGUCACCUUCACGAUGGACUAAACAUAGAGCCAGUAGAGCUAGGACCCUCGCUGUACUGUAGCCAUGCUAACUAACUGAAGUCGGACUAACUGAAGUCGGACUUAUGGAGGAUGACGCUGUAACGUCACCUCUACAGCUUUUUAUAACCAUUCCGUUUUUAGAUGAUGCAGCCACACCGCUCCUGGAGCAGAUAAAGUUGCUGUACAGUUUUUGAAUAUGCACCUGCCUCCCCUCAGCCUUCACCUGAACUAGUUACAUUGCUGUUCAGCCGUGAGCCGCACUGUGGUGGCCCUGCUGCAUUAUGGGACAUCUGGACGAAGACAAUGGAUGAAGAUAAUCAGCUGCUGGCCGCGCUGGCCACUUUUCACAGAGCAUUGAAGAAAUACUCCCUAAUGAACUAAGUGCUCCAACUGUAAUUAUAAUUGAAAAUUGAAAACAAGUUUUGUUUGUGUCCUAAAUGUUCUAAAGAUGUAUGUAGAUUUCUGGUUUACUCCAAAUAUCUCUGUUGGUCUCUUUUAGUGAUACAGUGACAGUCUUUGUUUAAACCCCAUUGAAACAAACCUGAUUGAUGACUGGGAAACUACGGUAACUGAAAACAACUUUCAUCAAAGCCUUAUUAUGAUGUGAAACCAGAACAAAACCUUUGGUACUAUGUACCACUAAUGUUUUCUGACAUGUAUGUGUACUUAAUCUAUAAUAUAUUUAAGAUGUGUAUGAUUUAAAUACAUAUAUUGUAAAAUG